UUCUCUCGAACAGGAUGACAUGCUGAAGCCUGCAGACCGCAGUAGUCACUGACUUCAUUUAGCACAGCCUCAGAUCAACCAAAGAUCAAGACACAGGCCACACCCAUUCUUGUCUCCUCUACCGGCUUUGAGAAGACGAUAGCCACUGCUCUGUUUCUCUGCCUUUCUCGUCGCCCUCCACUCUUCUCUCCAUCCGUUUGUCCUUCAGAUAGACACCUGCAGGGAUGGCGGAACUGGAGGGCUUGGAGUUUGGAAAGUCUGACUUUGUGCUUCUAGAUGAAGUGACUAUGGAGCAGUUUAUGGAGAAUUUGAAGAUGAGAUUUGAGAAGGGUCGAAUCUACACUUUUAUUGGAGAAGUGGUGGUGUCAGUCAAUCCGUACAGACAGCUGGAUGUCUAUGGGAAGAAGGUCAUAGAGGACUACAGGGGCAGAGAACUAUAUGAAAAUCCACCUCACCUGUAUGCUGUCGCCGAUGCAGCUUACAAAGCCAUGAAGAGACGAGCCAAAGACACAUGCAUUGUCAUUUCAGGUGAAAGUGGAGCAGGCAAGACUGAGGCAAGCAAGUAUAUAAUGCAGUACAUUGCGGCUAUCACCAAUCCCAGCCAGAGGGCAGAGGUCGAGAGUGUGAAGAACGUGCUCCUGAAGUCCAACUGUGUGUUAGAGGCCUUUGGGAAUGCAAAGACCAACCGCAAUGACAACUCCAGCCGCUUCGGGAAAUACAUGGACAUCAACUUCAACUUUAAUGGAGACCCCACAGGAGGACACAUCAACAACUACCUGCUGGAAAAGUCAAGAGUUGUCCAACAGCAUGAGGGAGAGAGAAACUUCCACUCAUUUUAUCAGUUACUACGGGGAGGAUCGGAUGAUUUGCUUGAAUCAUUGUAUCUGCAGAGAGAUCCCGCCAAAUAUACUUACACCAGUCAAGGAGCCUCUGUCACACUCGCCUCCAAUAAUGACUCCUUAUGUCAUAAAGCCGUGAUGGCAGCACUGACAGUGAUUGGUUUCACUGCAGAAGAGAUCAGCUCCAUCUACAAGAUCCUUGGGACCAUCCUAAACUUGGGUAACCUUCAAUUUACUAGUGAUGGUGAACAUGUUGUGCUUGUUGGAGACGACACAGUGAACCAUAUUUCUGAGCUGACCUCCACAGAGCCUGAGAACACCACAAAAGCACUACUAUACCGCACAGUGGCUACAGGGGGUGGUGAGGUCAUCGAAAAGGGACACAGUGAGCAGGAAGCUAGCUAUGGAAGAGAUGCUUUUGCCAAGGCUUUGUACGAAAGAUUAUUUGGGUGGAUAGUGGGUCGUAUCAAUGCUGUGAUUGAAGUGAAGGACUACAACCCUGCCCUCCAUGGCAAAAAUACUGUUAUAGGUGUGCUGGACAUCUAUGGCUUUGAGAUCUUUGACAAUAACAGUUUUGAGCAGUUCUGCAUUAACUACUGCAAUGAGAAGCUACAACAACUCUUCAUUGAGCUCAUUCUACGGCAGGAGCAGGAUGAGUACCAGAGAGAGGGAAUCACUUGGCAACAUAUUGAAUACUUUAACAAUCAGAUCAUAGUGGACUUGGUGGAGCAGCCUCAUAAGGGGAUCAUCUCCAUCCUGGAUGAGGCAUGUCUUACUGCGGGAAAAGUCACAGAUAUUAUCUGCCUGGACAGCAUGAACAAAAAGCUAGGCCAGCAUCCUCACUACACUUCCCGGAAGCUUUUUCCUACUGACAAGACCAUGGAGUUCAACCGAGAUUUCCGUAUUCGACACUACGCGGGAGAUGUCACGUACUCAGUUGAGGGUUUUCUUGACAAGAAUAAGGACCCGCUGUUUCAGGAUUUCAAGCGGCUGAUGUAUAACAGUUCUGACCCAGUCCUCAAAGAAAUGUGGCCUGAUGGGAAAAUGAGUAUCACAGAGGUGACCAAACGGCCUCUAACUGCAGCUACACUCUUCAAAAACUCUAUUAUUGCUCUAGUGGACAAACUGGCCUGUAAGGAGCCCUAUUAUGUGCGGUGUAUAAAGCCAAAUGAGGUGAAGUCCCCUUUGCUGUUCGAUGAUGCACGCUGCCAGCACCAAGUGGCUUAUUUGGGCCUACUGGAGAACGUCCGUGUGCGGCGAGCUGGAUUCGCUUACAGACAGCCUUAUGCACGCUUCCUUCAGAGGUAUAAGAUGACCUGCGAGUACACGUGGCCCAAUCACCUAAUGAGCACUGACCAGGAAGCUGUGGAGGCCAUUGUGAACCAGCACGGCUUUGAGGAUGAUGUAGCAUACGGUCACACCAAACUUUUCGUGAGAACACCUCGCACGCUCUUCACGCUGGAGCAGGAGAGAGCAGCCCUCAUCCCCAUAUUAGUGCUGUUCUUACAGAAGGUAUGGAGGGGUGCCUUAGCUCGUAUGCGCUGUAGGAAGAUCAGAGCAAUCUAUACUAUAAUGGCAUAUUAUAAAUGCUAUAAGGUAAAGGCCCACUUCUGGGAAGUGGAGAGACGCUUCGUCAAUGUUCGAAACAUGGCCGACUACGGCAAGAGCGUGGAGUGGCCAACACCGCCUGCAGCCCUAGCACAGUUCCACAGAAUCACCAAACACCUCUACCGGCGAUGGUGGGCGAGGCAGCUGAUUAAAAACAUCCCCCCAUCAGACAUGGCAGAGGUGAGGGCAAAAGUAGCUGCUCUGGCAGCUCUGAGCGGGGAGAGAGUGGACUGGGGUUACAGUCGUGCCUGGGAGAGAGACUACCUGGCCAAUGUGAAGGACUCUCCAGUAACAAGCUCCAACUUUGUGCGAAUCACCAAAGAGCUAAAGAACAAAGACCAGUAUGGUCAGGUCCUCUUCUCAUGCUUUGCCAGGAUGCUUAACUGGUUCAAUAAUACAAAAGACAGAGCUCUACUCAUCACGGACAAGCAUAUUUACAGACUGGAACCUAAAAAACACUUUAAAGUGCAGAAACGAAUACCGCUUGACUCUGUCAUUGGUUUGAGUGUAACAAGUGGCAGUGACCAGAUGGUGGCGCUACACACUGCAUCUCAGGAUGACUUUUUGGCGCACUUACAGAGGGGUCAAUUGAACCAAAAUCAAGACCGUAUUGGGGAGCUGGUGGGCACCCUCACAGACCAUUUUACACGAGUGAAGAAUACUCCUCUGCCAGUGAAAGUGUGCUCCACUGGAGUCCAAGUACACAUGAGUGGUAAACCGAAGACCAUCACUGUGGAGACCAAGCCAGGUCAGACUACCGCAGACUUCAAGAAGAGCCGGACAGGAUUCACCUUACUGCUGCCGCAUCAGUAAAACAGCCCAAGGGACACAAUAUAAACUAGUAUUUACCCACAGAAUCAGAGAUGGGGUCUUAAGAUGUUUUCAAACAGGAUUGGAUAAGUCUGUAUACAGUAUAUGGGGAGAAAUGCUUUUAUGCAUUUUGCAAUUGCUUUUUUCUGACCCAAGGACACCACAGUCCUCCUUUAAGAAAUGCACUUUGUCAUUUUAAUAAAACUCCUGAAAAAACUUUACCAUAGUUGAUGCUUUGUUAUUCUGCACUCCCUCCUCUAGUUUUAUUUUUUGCUCAUGAAAUAGCCAUACAGUGUUGUGUCAUGUCUUUUCUAUUGAGGCUGAAUUGUUGUGGUCCAUGUAAUAAUGCUAUUUUAUUAUUUAUCUACAUUUCAGAAGAGAAAGUUCUAUUAAAUGUCCUUAGCACUUUUCAUAACAAUUUACAGCAUAUUUUUAUGUCCUCUAGGAUGGUAUUUUGUAAUGAAUGUAAUUUUUUACUGUGGAGAUGUUACCAAGAGUUUUUUCAUAUAUUAUUGCUUCACAUUUUGUGAUUCAUCCAAGAGAGAUCUACUGUACAACUCUUUAUGUAUUACAAAAACAGAACAACUAUGGAUCUGUACGUUACUGUGCUGUAGUAGUAAUGUAGAAACAGAGGAGUGUUUUUGCUUAUCAGA